ACCAAAGUAUCCAGUCUUGUCGGUAUCAGUGAUAGGCACUUUCUUGAGUGAAAAUGGCGCCUAUGCAUGCUGUGAUUUUGUUAGUGGUGUUUUGUUCUGCCUACUGUUAUCAGUCCAGAGAAAGAGCUCGCUAUGGCCCGCUUCUGCGAAACCCUGUUCGAGAGUGGGUGAGAAUGGAGAAAGUAAUAAGUGAAGAAAAGAGUGAGGACCUUGCACCGACAUUCCUGAGGGCAGCAAAUGGUGUAUCUACAAAACUUGCACCAAGGCGAGUUCCUGAGUAUCUGGUUGUAUCUUCCUCCGAAGACCAGACAAGUGCAUUCAAACCAGAAAAGGGUGCCAGACCCCUACCAUCCUCGAUCACAGACAUGCUACUUAAGACUGCCACCACUACUAUUGCAUCCGGAACAACAGCCAGGCCACAGAUGAUAGAAAUUUUGUGCCAUGUUGACAGAAUGUAUGUCAGAGUAAGGAAAGAGAUCUUUAAGUACACACAGGCAUGGAAAUCCCUUAAACUAGGCACCUGUCCUGUCAACCAAGGGACCAGACUGCAUUACUACUUCCUGUACCUACUGACAGAUAAAUGUGGAUUCAAGACAGAGAAUAAUGCAGAUUACCGGGCGAUUAACAAUGUGAUCAACUAUCAGCCAACCACUGUAGUUUUACGAGAAAUGCAAUUUACCAUUCCUGUGCAGUGUAAAUUUCCCAGGUUGUUUCACUCCUAUAAAGUCGGCUUCUACCCGGAACUGAAGGGAGGCAGUGUUUUAAAAAAACUCACACCAAAGAGCAGCUUCACCCUUACUCCUCAAGAUGAAUCUGGCGCUGAAGUCGCUGCUGGCAAAUCCUUCGUCUUGGGCCAGCCAAUGUACUUUGUGGCCAAGAAACUCGAGAAGGCGGCAUCCACUGGAGAGAUGAGGAUGUACAUCAACAAGUGCUUCAUGACUGCCUCCCAAGACUCUACCUCGACACCGAAAUAUACAGUCAUUGACAACCAUGGCUGCAUGAUUGAUAGCAAGGUGUCGUUGCUGUCAAAGUUUAUCACCGGUACCUCAAAGAUCUCUCAGAAAUUCAGCAUCAGUGCCUUGAUUUUCAAGGACAAGGUUUCUACUUCAUCUAAAUCACAGCAACUCUACAUGCACUGUGAUAUCUCCAUGGGGGCUGUGACUCCAACUGCCAAGUCAAAGGCUUGCAACUAUGAUUCAGCUACCAAGAAGUGGAAGGAGCUGUAUGGGGAUGCUUCUGUGUGCACCUGCUGUGAAACAACCUGCUCCUCUGCAACUCCUAAGGCUACUAGGACUAUGAUCUCCACUCACUCUGGAAGGUGGACCUGGACAAGAGAGAUGGAAAGGCGGAGCUUCAUCCCAGUAUGAAGUUCUUGGAUGCUGACACUUUCAGUUUUGAGGACCCCAGCAUGGCAGCGCACAAAGACUACUUGAUGCACUGGGACCAAGACUAUUAAAAAAAUAAAUGUGAUGUGAAAAUGGUCAGAAUUAAAACAUUUUUUUUUAAA